GCAGAAACAAACACAACACUACCCUCUCCAAUAAAGUGUAUUUCUGUACACAAAACUCUUCAGUCUUAACCAAGGUAGUAGCUAGCAGCAGAAAAAUUAAAAUUAAAAAUUAAAAAAAUUAAAGAGACUUACAAAAAGCAAAAAAAAGGAGGAGGAUUGAAUUCUUUCUUGCCUUUUCUUUUUCCUUGCAGACUCUGCUAAGCAUCUUUGGUUCCUCACUUUUCCAUUCUUUUAUCUGCCUUCCCACUCCUUCUUCAUUCCUCUUCGAAUUUUCUCUUCUUUUUUUUCAACCAAAUUAUCUUGGUUUGAGCUUCUCUAUUUCUAGCAUGCAAUCUUAUUCCUUCUCCCACAAAUUGCUUCUUCUUUAGGUGAAUUCUUGGAGGUUUUCAUUCUCUUACUCACAAUUAAAGCCUCCUUCCUUUUUUUUCUUCUGAAUUUUCUCAGUAUUUUACACUCCCAAAUUCAAAAAACCUCCCUCUCUCAAUUACAAAACCGCAUGCCUGAUCUCCUUUCAGGGUUCCACUGCUUGCUCACCCCAGAAAAAACAAAAAUCCAGUUUUGGAACUUCCCCUGAUCUAAAAAUCUGAACUUUUUGGCAUUUUUGUCAAUUAUUUUGAAUUCUGUUUCUGGGUUUUUGUUUUCAUGGGACUGUGUCAUGGAAAACCCAUUGAAACCUCACAAAGUGAAGGUGGGCACCACGCUUUCCCCGGCGGCGAGAAAGAUGCGGUGGUGGUUUCGGCGGCAAGUCCGAAAACCGCCACAAAAGGCUCAAAGUUUCCGUUUUACAGCCCAAGCCCGUUGCCGAGCCUGUUCAAGAACUCGCCAGCGAACUCGAGCGUGAGUUCGACCCCUCUGCGGCUCUUCAAGCGGCCCUUUCCGCCUCCGUCGCCGGCGAAGCACAUUCGGGCCUUGCUGGCCCGGCGCCACGGCUCCGUGAAGCCCAACGAAGCCUCCAUCCCCGAAGGAAGUGAGUGUGAGGUUGGGCUCGACAAGAGCUUCGGCUUCUCCAGCCACUUCCAAGCUCACUUUGAGCUUGGGCCCGAGGUUGGCCGUGGUCACUUUGGCUACACCUGCUCUGCCAAGGGAAGGAAAGGCACCUUCAAGGGCCAUGAUGUUGCUGUCAAAGUCAUUCCAAAAUCCAAGAUGACAACAGCAAUUGCUAUAGAGGAUGUAAGGAGAGAAGUAAAGAUAUUGCAAGCUCUGACUGGGCAUAAGAAUCUGGUGCAAUUCUAUGAAGCCUAUGAAGACAAUGACAAUGUUUAUAUAGUUAUGGAGUUAUGCAAAGGAGGUGAACUGCUAGAUAAGAUUCUUUCCAGGGGUGGAAAGUACUCAGAAGAAGAUGCCAGAAUUGUUAUGAUUCAGAUAUUAAGUGUGGUGGCUUUCUGUCAUCUGCAGGGUGUUGUUCAUCGUGAUCUCAAACCAGAGAAUUUUCUCUAUAUUUCUAAGGAUGAAAAUUCCACUCUGAAGGUCAUUGAUUUUGGACUGUCUGACUAUGUAAAGCCAGGUAUGGCCUAUUGCAUGUCUAUAUUUUCUCUUAUUUUUUUUACAGAAAAUAAAACAACCAGGGCUAACAAUCAGAAGUUUUUUGCAGAUGAAAGGUUGAAUGAUAUUGUUGGAAGUGCGUAUUAUGUAGCUCCUGAAGUUUUGCAUAGAUCUUAUGGGACAGAAGCCGAUAUGUGGAGCAUUGGUGUAAUUGCUUAUAUUCUUUUAUGUGGAAGCCGACCCUUUUGGGCCAGGACAGAAUCUGGCAUAUUUCGGGCUGUCCUGAAGGCAGAUCCAAGUUUUGAGGAAGCUCCUUGGCCAUCGUUAUCAGCUGACGCAAAAGAUUUUGUGAAGAGACUGUUGAAUAAGGAUUAUCGUAAAAGGCUAACUGCAGCUCAGGCUCUCAGUCAUCCAUGGCUUGUGAAUCAUUGUGAUGAUGUGAAGAUACCUUUUGAUAUGAUAAUCCACAAGCUUGUUAAAACUUAUAUAUGUUCAUCUUCAUUACGCAAAUCAGCAUUAGGGGCUCUUGCAAAGACAUUAACACUAGUGCAGCUAGCAUAUCUGAGAGAACAAUUCAAUAUGUUAGGGCCAAACAAAAGUGGGUUAAUCUCUAUGCAGAACUUCAAGACGGCUAUUUUAAGGAGUGCCACCAAUGCCUCAAAGGAUUCACGUGUCUUAGAUUAUGUGAACAUGGUUAGUUCAAUUCAAUAUCGGAAAUUAGAUUUUGAGGAAUUUUGUGCUGCUGCUAUAAGUGUCCAUCAACUAGAGGGAAUGGAGAGCUGGGAGCAACAUGCAAGGCGUGCGUACGAGAUGUUUGAAAAGGAAGGAAAUAGACCAAUUAUGAUUGAAGAGCUUGCUUCGGAACUUGGGCUUAGCCCUUCAGUGCCUAUUCAUGUGGUACUCCAAGAUUGGAUAAGACACUCAGAUGGGAAGCUUAGCUUCUUGGGGUUUGUUAGGCUUCUGCAUGGAGUUUCUUCUCGCACAUUUCAGAAGGCUUGAGAGAAAAUACACGUGAUUACUGUUAUUUUUUUGUCCCCCUUAUUGAUCAUAAACCUUUUGAAUGCAUGACACAUGAGCAAACUCCAACAGCAGGUUUCUUCAUCUUGAUUGCAAACAUGGCUUCAGCAAAGCCAAAAGCUAUAUGUAGCUUGAAGGGAGUUUGUUGCCACUGAAGUGGUAUGCAACACAUCUUCAUUAGUUCUACAAACACAAAAACACUUUGCUCCAUCCUGUUUCUACUUCUUCAGAGUUCAGAUUGAUUGGUGGUGCUGGAGUUAAGGCUUGUAUAGAUGAAAGUAGAGCACAGGUUGUACUUAGAACUAGUGGAACUUCCAUAAAGUGAGUUGUGUUUUCGGGUUUAUCCCAUGUGUACCCAUGACACUUGUCAAUAAACUAUUUCCACUUAUGCGAACUCAUUUAUAGUUGA